ACUGAAUUCCGUUGUGUCAUUUUAACAGGGAAGAAGGAAACUGCGAUCGAGAUGCACUGCAAGUAGCCUGGUGAUUUACAGAAGUGUCGGUUGGGGUUUGCGCUGUAAUCGCCACAUUCUCAGUUAAAGUGAAUCGUUUGAAUUGGAAAUGGCUGGAAAGAGACCCGCCGGUGGUGCCAUUGCACAACAAGGACCUGGAAAAAUGAGCUCCAUUCCCCUCUCUCGGUCCGAGGUGUUUGGAGAGCUGCGGAAGGAGCUGCAUGAGGAUGAGGAGUUCCGUCAGUCCGACGCUCACAUCUUCAUCAUCAUGGGAGCAUCGGGGGAUCUAGCCAAAAAGAAAAUCUACCCAACUCUAUGGUGGUUGUUUAGAGAUGGGCUCCUUCCUGAACAGACUCACUUUGUGGGCUUUGCCCGCUCUGACCUCACAGUGGAUGCCAUCAAAACUGCCUGCAUGCCCUAUCUGAAGGUGGCAGACUCUGAGGCUGAGCGGUUGUCUGUGUUCUUCAGCCGUAACUCUUAUGUCAGUGGGAAGUACGCGGAUGAGAGUGCCUUCUCCAACCUCCACACCCACCUGCUGUCCCUGCCCGGGGGUGGUGAGGCCAACCGCCUCUUCUACCUGGCCCUGCCGCCCAGCAUCUACCACGAUGUCACCAAGAACAUUAAGCACCACUGCAUGAGCACCAAUAGGGGCUGGAACAGGGUGAUUGUGGAGAAGCCGUUUGGUCGUGACCUGCAGAGCUCUGAGGAGCUGUCCACCCACCUCUCCUCCCUGUUUACUGAGGAUCAGAUCUACCGCAUAGACCACUACCUGGGCAAGGAGAUGGUGCAGAACCUCAUGGUCCUCAGGUUUGGGAACCGGAUCUUUGGGCCCAUCUGGAACAGGGACAGCAUAGCGUGUGUGGUCCUCACCUUCAAAGAACCCUUCGGCACCCAGGGCCGAGGCGGCUACUUUGAUGACUUUGGCAUUAUCCGUGAUGUCAUGCAGAACCACUUGCUCCAGAUGCUCUCUCUGGUUGCCAUGGAGAAGCCGGCCUCCACCAGCUCUGAUGAUGUCAGGGAUGAAAAGGUGAAGGUGCUGAAGUGCAUCGCCCCCAUUACCAUGUCAGAUGUGGUGUUGGGGCAGUACGUGGGCGACCCAGAGGGAGAAGGGGACGCCAAGCUGGGUUACCUUGAUGACCCCACUGUCCCCAAAGGCUCCACCCAGGCCACCUUUGCCACAGCUGUGCUCUACGUGCACAACGAGCGCUGGGAUGGUGUUCCCUUCAUCCUGCGUUGCGGCAAAGCCCUGAAUGAGCGGAAAGCAGAGGUCCGGUUGCAGUUCACCGACGUCCCGGGGGACAUCUUUGGCGCGCAGUGUCGUAGGAAUGAGCUGGUGGUGCGCGUGCAGCCCAACGAGGCCGUCUACGCCAAGAUGAUGAGCAAGAAACCAGGAGUGUACUUCCACCCCGAGGAGACGGAGCUAGACCUCACCUACAAGAGCAGAUACAAGGAUGUGAAGUUGCCAGACGCCUACGAGCGUCUCAUCCUGGACGUCUUCUGUGGCAGCCAGAUGCACUUUGUCAGAAGUGAUGAGCUGAGGGAAGCCUGGAGGAUCUUUACGCCUCUCCUUCAUCAGAUAGAGAAUGAGAAGAUUCCCCCCACACCCUACAAAUAUGGAAGCCGGGGUCCAACGGAAGCGGACGAGCUCUCAAAGAGGGUCGGUUUCCGAUACGAAGGAACAUACAAAUGGGUCAACCCCCACCGACUGUGAGAGACGGAGAGGAAGAGGGAUGGGUAGAGAAAGGAGGCAGGGUGGGGUAAAUGAGUAGCGUUACGUUGCAAUAUGUUUGAAUGUCUUCUUUGGGUCUGGUGGCUUCUACUAUUGCUCUUUCCUUUCCAGACCUGUCACGGCAACCGCCAAGAAAGACUAGGAAAUAUGGAAAGGAAGCUAUUUAAUAGUAUUGGAGCAUAGCCUAGGUCUCAGGUACUACAUUAAUGCUCUGGUGUCACUUGUAUCUGUCAGGUCUUAACUAGGGAGGGAGGAGGUGUCUAACCACUGGGGAGCAAGGGAAGAGCGAGCGAACACUAGCCCAAUUCUGUUUCAAUUCUGAACACUAGCCCAAAUCCAUCUCAUCAUGGAUUCAGAAGCUGUGGUUGCGAUCCGAUUCUCUACCCUUCACCCAGGAGUGUGCACUUACUUCCAACAUACUCAUCACACCAGUCUAUCCCAUAAGGGGGGGGUACAAGUGCAAACUUCGGACUGGGAGAGUGGUAGAGAAUAGGACUGAUUCCCUUGAAUGGGUGGGCUGGAGAGGUUUCCACUUUCUUCAGUACACACUUCAGGCAGAAGGGAGAGAAACAGAAUUAGGCUACUCUUAGACAAAACAUUCUACAGCUCUGUGAUCAGCUAGUGAUCAUAGCUACCAAAAGUUAGACCUGGGUGUUUUUACAUGGAGACUGAGAACAAAACAUGGAUUAACCUGUUUUAAUGGUGGGAAUUACAAUGAAUGUCUACUAUCCUCUGCUAUUAUCACCUGUAUUAAAGGGGUACUUUGAGAUUUUGGCAAUGAGGCCAAAACUUGUGGAUAUGGUUAUGUCUGUGUUCAGUAUGAAGGAAGUUAGAGGUAGACAAGCAUAUGCUACCACCAGGAUCAACCAGGUAUCUGCUAUUAUGCUAGUAGAUACUUAUAGACUUUGUCAUUGCGCUAACGUUAGUUAACAUUUGCUUGCCCGACUACCUCCAACGUCCUUCAUACUGGACAGACACACAUGGUAGCCAUGAGUCCAUCUGACUCUGGGUGCCUCAUUGCCAAAAUCCCAAAGUAUCCCUUUAACAGAUUAAGGUUUUUUCUAUUAAUGUAAUCUUUUUGUUUUUCUUAUGCUAUUUUGGACCAAGCAAAAUCAUGAUUGCAUAAUAAUUGUGUUGAAGUGGGUUUAAAGCAUGGUGGUUGAAUGCAGGGGUCAAUAUUUUCUGCAGGCAGUUUCCUCUCCAAUUUCUUACAAAGCUAAAUUGUACAAGAACAAGGCUUUAGUGUGCUUAAUUCCAAGAAAAGAGCUGUGACUUUCAUUCCUUUUUGUUUACAUUUUCAGGCCUAUUAAGUUACUGAUGUUUGUUUAGAAACAAAGUCUGUCACAGGGUCAACAUAUGAUGCCAUCUUUAUAAUGACGUACUUUAUUGCUAUAGACCGAACAUUCAUGUUAUAUUUCCAAAAUUGCAAUAAACCAGUAAUUUCUUCAGUG